AUGUGGCCAGUCACCUGAUCGUGACGUCAGCACAGGUCCUUUAGCCCGUUCGGAUCCGGAGACUACCGAUGAAGCAGAAGAACAACCAGACCCGGACGUAUGACCGGGAUGGGUACAAGAAGCGGGCGGCGUGCGUGUGCUUCCGGGACGGGGCCGAGGAUGAAGUACUGUUGGUGAGCAGCAGUCGCUAUCCUGAUCGUUGGAUUGUCCCAGGCGGAGGUCUGGAGCCAGAGGAGGAACCCAGUGCAGCAGCCACUCGAGAGGUUUUUGAAGAGGCUGGAGUUAAAGGCACAAUGGGUCGUAUGCUGGGUGUGUUUGAAAACUUUGAGAGGAAACACAGAACAUUUGUCUAUGUCCUGACUGUGACUGAGGUCCUGGAUGAUUGGGAGGAUUCUGUUAGCAUUGGGCGGAAGCGCCGCUGGUUCAGCAUUGAGGAGGCUGUUCAUGCUUUGCAGGGACACAAACCAGUGCAGGCAUCCUACUUCCAAAGUCUGAGGCAGAACUGCCACCCUAACAAUGGAGCCAUCCCCCUGCCUAGCCAGAGUUCCCUUCCGGACGUCAGAUGAUCGGUUCACCCUACGGACUCCAUCUUUUCUCCUAAUCUCCUUUCUUCUCCUGUCCUGAGAAGCAUCCAGCAAAAAGGGCAUCCCUGAAAGUGAUUAACUCCACUGGGCCUCUGAUAUUUAGUUGUUCAGCAAUGGAUUGUGUAUGCUGUGAUUUUUUUUUCCCUUUUUGUGUGACAUGGACACAUUCAUGGUUCACUAAUGUUUCCCCCAUUUCCUACGUAUUUGUGCCAUGAUCAUCUUUACUAUGUUCUGACUAACCCAGUUUCCGUUUCCUAAGUGGUAUGAUAGAAAUAUUUGCCUGUUAAACCUUCACAGACAGCUAUUUAGUGUUCAUAUUCAUCUCCCAUAUGUACUACGACCUUAAUUUCCUAACUUCUUAGGCUACAGCAUUAUAAAACCAUUAACAUUGCAGUUAAACUAAUAAUCUCUCCUUUUAUUUUAGACUUUUUGUGUCCCAACAAUUUAAUCAUCAAAAAUUAACUAAAGAUUUUCAGAAACCGUUUCAUUUUGUAAAGUUAGCCAAUACUAAGAUCCUAUAUAUGAAUUUUUUUUUUUUUUUUACGUAGUGCUAUGAUGGGUUAUACUGUAAAAUGACUGGCGCAUCUCAGUAAGCCAGCCAAUAUUAACAUUGUGUUCAAGUAUUUUUACUGUAAUAUAAAGCAAAAGUAUCGGAAAGCAACUUCGCUCCUGAAAUAUCUGUUGAAAUUUUCAGCAAACUUUUUGUACUUGUAAGCAAACUUUUUUUUUUUUUUUGCAGAACUAGGAAAUGGGGAAUUUUUCUUCAGUUAGAACUCUAAAUCCAGUAUUUUUAAUAUUUUUCUGUACGAAGCUUUUAAUACCAACGUGUAACUAUGUCACCUUUUGACACACUUUUACACGUUUCUAUUCCCAUAGUGCUUUUUUGCUUGUGUCCUAUCAUGAUGCACUGCAGCUCCAACUAACCUGACUCCUUUUCUGCCAUGUGGUCAAUCACGUGAACUUACAAACUGUGACAAUGGAAUAUGUGAUCUCUGUUUUUUGUGAUGUGAUGACACCUUACUUAAUGAUACUAUUUUUUCUAAAUGUUCACAGUUUGCUCACAGGGCACUUUACCCAACAUCUUGGUUAUUGAAAACCUGCUACCUCUUGCAACGUAGGCUCACUGUAGGCUUACUUUUGGGUUGCAUGUAUUUGAGGGCAAGUAUUGGCUAAUAAGAAACAAAAAGAAUAGGUGUGCUUGUACAGUGGAACAUACGUUAUUGCAUUUUUAUAGAUGUUUCCCCGUUUGUGUGCUUGAGGGCUGAAAAAAAACAUUUUUUAACUAAUUAUAUCAAAACGCCUUAAUUAUUCUGAACCUAUAAAUUUUUUUUUUUUUUUUUAAAUCUGGGCUAUAUUUAACAUACCGACAGUGGUAGUGGACACAGGUUAUUUGUGUUUUCUUUUUAUUUUUUGAUGUGCCAUAUAGAGGAUAUGUUUAAAACCCUACUCCAAACUAGUAUCGUUGUUUGUUCUACAUUUUGCUAUACUCUUGAGUUGUCUAGUUCAGUGUAUUUGAAUUGCUUGCUCAUGCCACCUCGCGUAUCAUACUGACCCUUCUCCAGAAAACAUGCCUUUGUAAUUUUUGGAAAUAAGGAUGUUGGUUAAAAAAA